GCUACAGCGGAGGAAAGCCUUGGAGAAGAUGCUACCGGCCGGCAACGAGAGAAAACAGCGAAUUUUUGGAUUUAUUCCUUUGCUUUUUAUAUUCUGACUCGCUUUCUGGGAAAGGGAACAGCCAAAGCCGGGCAGACAUGAAGCUCUGGAGCACGGAGCAUGUAUUCAGUUACCCCUGGGAGACGGUGAUCAAAGCAGCAAUGAGAAAGUACCCCAAUCCGAUGAACCCCAGCGUAGUGGGAGUGGACGUCCUGGACAGGAAUUUGGACAAAAAUGGCCGUCUACACAGCCAUCGGCUCCUGAGCACUGAGUGGGGUCUGCCAGGUGUUGUCAGAGCGAUUUUGGGGACGAAUCGAACCAUCACCUAUGUGAAAGAGCAUUCAAUCGUUGAUCCUCAAGAAAAAAAAAUGGAGCUUUGCUCGACAAAUAUAACCCUCACAAACUUAGUAUCUGUUGACGAGAGACUAGUUUACAGGCCACAUCCAGAAAACCCAGACGUCACGAUAUUAACCCAGGAGGCCAUUAUCACGGUGAAAGGAGUCAGUCUGAGCAGCUACCUUGAGGGACUCAUGGCUCUUAGUAUGUCAGCUAACGCAAGAAAGGGAUGGGAUGCAAUUGAAUGGAUCAUUAAAAACUCAGAAUGUGAAAUGUGCUGAAGAUCUCCAGUCUUGGAAAAAUGGGCCGAAUGGUAAAGCGUGGAACGUAGUCAGAAGCACCAGCUCUAAAAUCUCAACUGGUCCAUGCAACAUCAUCCAGCUCUGAGUCUGGGUACAGUAAGUGUGUGAGGUUUUUGAGGUGGUCGAGUGCUCGUCACUUUGAAAACCUCAUAAACCUCAUAAAACUGCACUUUUAAAGGAGAAUACUGUUUGGAGUCAUCAAAGAAAUGUGGAAUGUUAUAACAGAAUAUCAACAAUAUGCACUGUUCUGACUACCUCCUUUCUGGAAUUUUAGGGAUCUGUUAAGGUUAUUGUAAAACGUGGUCGUUGUUUAUCCGUUUUAUUGCACCUCCAAAGCCCUGAAUUGUGCCGCAAGAUUUGCGGAAAGCAUGUUAAUUGUGUUCUUACUGCUUGAUUGUAUUUGUUCUGUGUUGUUUUUUAUUUACAAAAUUGAAAUGUGGAUAUAAUUAACUUAUUAACAAGGUUGAACUCACCCUGAAUGUUUCAUUGUUGUUUUUUAUUGUUAUUACUGCAGGUUCGCACUUGUUGUUAUUUUUAUUUAGAUAAAGAAAUCUGUUCUUAAUGUUUAUU